GGUUUCCGGCGGGCCGGCCCGGGAGCGGCGGAGGGCGCCGGUGUCCGCGGGGAGGCGGACUUUCUGUAUGUGAGGUGUGGAGGUUGCUGUGAUUUGUUGCCGGCUGGGGACCCCAGCGAAGCAUUGCUUACCUACCAGCUGCACAGCCAAGUUCAGAAGUCGUUAUGGGCAGUGCAUUAUCACGAACUAAUUAACCAUGUCUGCUGGAUGUCGUGGGGCAAAAUAAGGAAUUGCUCGAAAAGCUCGUGUGCAAGAGGAAUGGAAGAGAACACCGGACGCUCAUUCUCCAGGCGCUGCUAAGCUCAGGACCGCGGGGUUGUUCCGGGCUGGAGACGAGCCGAAGAGGUGGAUCACCCCCCAGCUGAUGCCGGCAUGGGGGUCGAUGUUUUGGAAUCGGGCGACACCACGCCUCCCACCAAAAGGAAAAGCAAGUUUUCAAGCUUUGGCAAGAUCUUCAAACCCUGGAAGUGGAGGAAAAAGAAAAGCAGUGACAAAUUUAAGGAGACUUCGGAAGUUUUAGAGCGAAAGAUUUCUAUGCGAAAGCCAAGAGAGGAGCUGGUAAAAAGAGGGGUUCUGUUGGAAGACCCUGAGCAGGAUGGUGAAGAACCAGACAAGCUGAACCCACCUGUGCUGAAGAACGGCCACACCGUCCCCAUCGGGGGUCCCGGGGUCUGUAACCCGGGCAGCCAGGAGGAAGAGGCCACAAAGCCACCUGGCCUUAAGAAGCCCGUUCCAGCUGAGGAACCAAAGAAGAGGCAUGACUCUUCCAGCAGCCACUCUGGGCCCGAACUGGAACCCCUUCAGGAGCCGUAUGUUCCCAGACAGCACCUGCUUCCUCCAAAAAGACCUCCCUCCACUUCCCAGGAGGCAAACGAAGCGCAGGACAAGGAUCCAACGCCUGCCAACAGCACUGCAAAAACUGCACCCUCCACCGCAGCCCCUGUUAUGGCAAAACCAGUCGGUUCCACGGCUGCCCCUUCCCCGGCCCCCAGGACUCUGCCCCCAGCUCUCACCAGUGCCAACACUACUGCCCCCACCAGUACAACCAGCACAGCUCCCGCCAAACAGCCUCCCGUCCCUCCUCCCAAACCUGUCAACAGAAAUAGCAGCUCAGUAAUAGCUGAACUUUCUCAAGCAAUGAACAGCGGUACCGGCUUGUCCAAGCCUUCCCCUCCUCUCCCACCGAAGAGAGGCCUCCUGCCGAACACUGCGCCAGAGGCAGCCGUCCCCUCCAAGCCCCCGAGCGACAGGACGGUGACGGCGAGCCGCCCCACACCGAUACCAAUGCACAUGGCCUCCGCUUACCCACCACCCUCGCCUUCGCCACCGCUGCCCACACACAUCCCCCCCGAGCCCCCGCGCCUGCCCCUGCCCCCCUUGGACCCUCCGCGCUCCCUGGACCUGCCCAAAGAGACUCUUCCUCCUCCUCCCGAAGACUUCAUGUCCUCGGAAGUGUCCAGGAGGACGGCGGAGCAAGGGUUUGGUGAACCCCACGUGCUGCCUCGCCUGCCCCAAAUCCCAUUGCACAUCCGUAUCCAGCAGGCUCUGGCCAGUCCCCUGCCUGUCACCCCCCCUGCCGAGGGCUCGCACAGGGCUCACUCGCUGCUCUUCGAGAACGACGGCUUUGGAGAAGACAACGGCACCCUGGGCAGGACGAGGUCCCUGCCUGUCACCAUCGAGAUGCUCAAAGUUCCAGACGAUGAGGAAGAGGAAGAAGAUGACCGGGAAGAGGAGCAGAGUUCAGGCCCUCGUGUGUACAUUGGAGAUGUGCCAUCUGUCACAGUCAUCCCAAAACUGGUACCCCAGGUCCUGCCGGAGGAGCAGGAAGGAGAUGAAGGGAUGAGCGACUCUGACUCGGAGGGGCCCAUCCUGUACAAAGACGACGAGGAUGAGGAAGAAGAUGAAAGCCAUAACAGCACACUGGCCAACAAAGUGAAGAGGAAAGACACGCUGGCUAUGAAGCUGGGGACCGCAGCCGCGCCGCAGGAGGAGAAGGUUGUGUUCCCUCGGAAGAGCAAGGAGGAGUGGAACGAAAUUCGGCACCAGAUCGGGACGACGCUGAUCAGGCGACUGAGUCAGAGACCAACAGCGGAAGAACUGGAGCAGAGAAACAUACUUCAACCGAAAAACGAAGCCGACCGUCAGGCUGAGAAGCGAGAGAUCAAGCGCAGGCUCACCAGAAAGCUUAGCCAAAGGCCUACGGUGGCAGAGCUGCAGGCCAGGAAGAUCCUGAGGUUUAACGAAUAUGUGGAAGUAACAGAUGCUCAAGACUACGACCGGCGAGCGGAUAAGCCGUGGACAAAGCUGACACCAGCUGACAAGGCUGCCAUCCGGAAGGAGCUCAACGAGUUCAAGAGCUGUGAAAUGGAAGUCCACGAGGACAGCAAGCAGUUCACGAGGUACCAUCGACCAUAAACUUCCAAGAAGGGAGCAAGAGACCCGAGAGGACUGGGAGCUCUCUGCGUCCCUCUCCGAGGCAAUACAGCGAGGGUGGAACCUCGGCUCUUCCAACCUUUGCCUUCAAACACAUAUCCAGAAAAAGGGCUUUCGGCCAGGGAAGGAGAACCCUGUCUGAAUGUAGCAUUUCACUGGAACAAACACGUCUCGAGUGCCAUCAAGCUGGAACCGAACACUAUGAAUUACCUCGCGCGGCUCAGCAAUUCGCCUCUGCCAGAGACUGCGCACAUGGGAAUGAACAUUUCCUUCCCCGGGUCCUUUUCUCAGCCCGGACAGGCCCAAUUUUCAGCUGUAAAUACUCCUUUUGGGGCCGAAACUCCUUCAUUUCCUCCUCCUCACCAGGAAAACUGAGAACGGGGGUGUGCGCGGCAGCACGUGUGUAUAUUCGGUGUGUACAGACCUGGCAGACAACUGACAUUGUCACUCGUAAUUCUGUUUCUUUCUUGGUUUUGCUUGCGUCUCCGUCAUGUCCUUAAUGUCCUGAAUCACUACUGACCAACGGUUUGUUUGUCCUGGAAGGGAAUUGUAUAGAUAUUAACAUAUGCUGCAUCUUUUUUGUAAAAAGAAAAAAGGAGAAACAAAACCCACAAAUGUAUAAAACAUUCCCUGCCCGUUCUCUCACACUCGCCGUGACGUUAACCGAUCUUGAGAUAUCUAGGCUUAAAUUACAGAACCAGGAAAUGACUGUUGCCUUUUUAAUUGGGGAAGCUGUGAGAGCAGUCGGUUCUCUUUAUUGUGGCUUCCUCACGGAUGGUUUUUACUCUCCCAAAUCAGGUUGAAACUUGCCUUUUCUCAUUUUUACAGCUAAACCUACUGGAAACUUGAUCAUUUCACUGUGUGGGUGAAAGGGAGGGGAAGAUGAGGUUUUAAAAGUGACCUUAACAAGAUAUUCUUUCUCUUCUGAGAAUGAUCUCAUAUUGUUCUUCCUAAAUGUGGAUAUUUUUUAAAAAUCAUCCGGUAUCGGCCACUGCUGUAUCAUGCACAAAACCAACCCAUGUGUGAGGUGCCACUUAAUGUGAAGAAGGGAGUGGUGUGGGAAGGGAGAGGAGGACUCGCCUGGUUCACAGCGCGGUCCCCGCGGUUGGGGUGGCCCUGGCGGGGUGUCCCUGUCCCCACUGUGCCAACCCCUCAGGGCCAGCGGAGAUGGCGGCGGGGGGUUCUUCCCUCACGGCUUUCCCUGUACAGUACGCCUGUAGACUAAAUCAUUGCAUUGUAUAUCGGCCUCCUCAGCAACAGAUUUUAAUUAUUGAAUAAAAGUAUUUUAGGAUUUUUUUUUUAA